AUGCCCUCUCGACGCACGUCUCUUGCGUUUUCUGGUAGCGGCGGCAGCACGAGUAAUCCCUUUAAAGAAAAUGAGGAUUUGAAAGGCCAAUUGACGGCAUUGCGUGGGAUUUCAUCGCGGGUGGAAUUCAAUGGAUGGCGGUUUUCGUUCUUGACGAAAUUUGACGCGUAUUUGGAUGCGGCUGGCAGUGAACGGGCAUCGGAUGCCUAUGCGGACUUUAGCGACACCACGGCCAAUCUAGUCCAGAUGGUUCAUCAAAUGGAAGGACUGGUAGCCAGUGGCGCGAUUGGUUUGGGAGGAGUUUCUGUCAAGGGUCGUCAGUGUCUGGAAGAAGUCAAGAAACACUGUACUGCCGCGUCGGAUGCCUUGGCGGAAUUGUUGCCUGGAUCCGCUACCACAGCGGAUGCCGUGGACCGUGGCUACACCAAUUAUCACAUGGGAGCCAUUCUCAUUGGAGAUGGAUUCAGUCUCUACACUUAUCUCACCAUGUGCGAUCAGAUUUUGCAACGGCGAAAACAAGAAUGGCUGCAGCAUCCGGAAGUGGCCGACAAGCAAAUUCUCGAAGAAAUGGACAAUUAUCACAAAAAAUUGGAAAUCUUUUGCGAUGUCAUGAGAGAUCUGGGCUUGUACGAUGCCAUGAUGAAGGCCAAGGAAAUCAAUCAACAGCAACUCGAUGAUCCAGAUGAUUUGCAGUCCAUCUUGUCGGCUCUAUCAGAUCAUGAACACUUGGAAGACAAUAAGGACUAUCAGACAGAAGACACGGAAGAAUCAUCCUCAUCAGAAGAACAGGAACAGGAAUUUGCUGAACCUGAACCUGAACCUGAACCUGAACCACCCAAACCAAUCGUGGCAGCCCCAGCACCUGCUCCUGAACCGCCCAAACCCAUAGUGGCAGCACCUGCUGCUCCUCCAGCAUCCAAGCGUCCCUCCGUCGUCAAAAAGAAAAAGGCCGUGGUAGACGAUGAACCCGAUCUACCGAGGACGACCAAACCAACCGGCAAAAUGCAAUUGCCUGGAGGGGCAAGAAGAGGAUCGAUGCCGACGCCUAGAUCCAACAACACCCAGAACAAACCAACAGCAAAUCCUACCAAGAAACAAGCUCCUUCCAAUAAUCCACCACCUCCUGUAUCCCAAAAAGCAUCGCGACGUAGUACCAUGCCACCACGGCCACAAGAAGCAGUACCCACACCACAGUCCACACAACAAGCACUCAAACCACCACCACCCAAACCCAAACCCAAACCGCAAACCAAAGUGGCCAUUUUGGAUCGUAUCCUAGCACAAGCCGACAAGGAAGGAGUCGCACAGGUCAAACAACCCAAGCCAAAGAAAAAGAAACGUCCCAAAAAUCAAAAAAGACCAGACGACGAUGAACCAGACUUGCCUCCUACGGCGAAACCCAAGGCGGCACCGCGAUUGCCAGGAGCCGGAACGCGACGGGCAUCCAUGCCGGCCGAUUGGGGACGAGGAGGCAAGCCUCAACGACCGUCUGCUACUAAGGAAAAACCGGUGGCGCGCAGUCGAGAACCACAACCCUACGGCAUGGGAGGAUCCGUACCGAAUCAACAUGACGACGGAAACGGAGACAAUGAUCCACCCAUGUCCAGACGACGUCAAUCGCAACCCUACGGCAUGGACAAGGAUCUGCCACGCCAACGAGAACCACAACCGUACGGCAUGGGUGGUGGAGGUGAUGAUGAUGACAACAAUGAUCCUCCCAUAUCUCUCAGGCGUGAGUCGCAGCCCUACGGCAUGGACAAGGACUUGCCACGCCAACGAGAACCACAACCGUAUGGAAUGGGCGGUGGAGGAGAUGAUGAUGCCAACAACUAUCCUCCCGUAUCUCUCAAGCGUGAGUCGCAGCCCUACGGCAUGGUUGGUGGCGGUGGUGAUCGGAACAGUGGCCCGCCAAUGUCGCGACAACGAGAAUCACAGCCGUACGGCAUGGCAGCGCCUCCUUCUAACAAACCAAAUUCUGCUGCUGGGUCUCCAUCAGCCGACAGCAGCAAGAACAACUCGCCACAAACCAAGCCAGGCGCCGGAGCUGGGGCAGGAAACACAAAAGCAAACUCUGCAAGCAAACCAAAACCCAAAGGUGCCCCUGCAGGCAAGCCAAGACCCAAAAUGCCUGGUGACGAUUCCCGUGGGGCUGGGCGGAAGCUGUCCGCCAAAGAAGCCAAGGAGAAACCACUGCCCAAAGUCAAUGUGCCAAAGCGCUCUUCCAAUGUCCCGGCUCGCAUUACGAAGAAACCUGACUUGGCUGCCCGGGAGAAGGCUCGCAAAGAGGCAGAAGCAGCUGCCAAGAGGGAGGCGGAAGAAAAGGCCAAGAAAGAAGCUGCAGCAAAGAAAGAGGCAGAAGAACGGACUAGGAAAGAAGCAGCCGCCAAGAAAGAGGCUGAGGAACGUGCAAGGAAGGAGGCCGCUGCCAAGAAAGCCCUUGAAGAAACGGCCAAAAAAGAAGCUGCAGCAAAGAAAGAGGCCGAAGAGCGGGCUAGAAAGGAGGCCGCUGCCAAGAAAGAGGCAGAAGAACGCGCCAAAAAGGAGGCCGCUGCCAAGAAAGCUGCGGAAGAGAAGAAACGGCAAGAAGAAGCUGCCAAGAAAGAGGCCGAAGAGCGAGCUAGGAAAGAAGCAGCUGCAAAGAAAGAAGUUGAGGAAAGAGCUAGAAAGGAAGCUGCUGCUAAGAAAGCUGCUGAAGAGAAGAGACGCCAAGAGGAAGCUGCCAAGAAAGAGGCAGAGGAACGGGCCAGGAAAGAGGCUGCAGCCAAAAAAGAAGAGGAGGAACGAGCUAGAAAGGAAGCUGCUGCUAAGAAAGCUGCUGAAGAAAAGAAACGACAAGAAGAAGCAGCCAAGAGAGAGGCUCAAGAGAGGGCCAGGAAGGAGGUGGCUGCCAAGAAAGAAGCUGAGGAACGAGCCAGGAAAGAAGCUGCCAAGAAAGCUGCGGAGGAAAAGAAACGCCAAGAAGAAGCGGCAAAGGAGGCAGAAGAGAGGGCCAGGAAGGAGGCUGCUGCCAAGAAGGAGGCUGAGGAAAGAGCCAGGAAAGAAGCUGCCACAAAGAAAGCUGCUGAAGAGAAGAAACGCCAAGAAGAAGCAGCCAAGAAGGAAGCAGAAGAGCGGGCCAGGAAGGAGGCUGCUGCCAAGAAGGAGGCUGAGGAAAGAGCAAGGAAAGAAGCUGCUGCUAAGAAAGCAGCUGAAGAGAAGAAAAGACAGGAAGAAGCAGCCAAGAGAGAGGCUGAGGAGCGGGCCAGAAAGGAGGCUGCGGCCAAGAAAGAAGCUGAGGAGCGGGCCAAAAAGGAAGCAGCCGCCAAGAAAGCUGCCGAAGAAAGGAGACGCCAAGAAGAAGCUGCCAAGAAAGAGGCUGAAGAAAAGGCAAGGAAGGAGGCUGCUGCCAAAAAAGAAGCUGAGGAACGUGCGAAAAAGGAGGCAGCUGCCAAGAAAGCAGCUGAAGAGAAGAAACGCCAAGAAGAAGCAGCCAAGAAGGAAGCAGAAGAGAGGGCCAAGAAGGAGGCUGCGGCCAAGAAGGAAGCAGAAGAACGUGCUAGAAUGGAAGCAGCUGCCAAGAAAGCUGCUGAAGAGAAGAAACGUCAAGAAGAAGCUGCCAAGAAAGAGGCCGAAGAAAAGGCAAGGAAGGAGGCUGCUGCCAAAAAAGAGUCAGAAGAACGGGCCAGAAAGGAGGCGGCUGCGCAGAAGGAGGCUGAGGAAAGAGCUAAGAAGGAGGCAGCAGAAUCAGUCGCACGACAAACAGAGGAACCGGCUGAACACAAUGAGAAUGAUGCACCUGACAAUAAUCCUAACGAUGUCAAGGCUCGUCUUGCGGAACUAAAGCGACAACAAGCAGCUUUGAUGGCUGCCGCUUCGAUGCCCCUAAUGGCACCCAUGAGAGCUCCUGUGAAGCGCAAUAAGUCAUUGAAAAAGCCCAAGAAGGAGUUGGACAAGGAAAAGAAACGAAAAUGCUACAUGUGGUAUGCACGGUUGGGCCAGCCUGAUCGAAACAGCAUGAUUCAGUCGGUGUUGAAGCUUCACAAGUCAUGUGACAUUACUGUGGAGGAUGUAGAGGCCUUGCCGUGGAUUUGCGGUGGCGCUUUGUUGCCCGUCAAGGAAAUGAACGACUUGUUCCUGUAUGGAUAA